AUGUACCCAGAUGCUUUGGAGGCUGCAGGCCGGGUAGAGGGUUUGUCUUUGUCCUGCCCAGAGUCUCCACCGGACCCAGAAGAUGAAGAGGAGUUGCGCUAUGAGACAAAAAGAAGAGGACGAUACAGACAGAGCCUGCAGUUACUGAAGCCCCUAAGAAUCACAAACAAGCACCAGCACCCUGUAGACAAUGCAGGCCUUUUCUCCUUCAUGACCCUGCAAUGGCUCACUCCACUUGCAUGGAAAACUUACAAAGCCUCAUCCCUCAGAAUCGAGGACGUGUGGGGCCUGUCCGGCCAUGAAGCUUCUGAAACCAACUGUCACAGAUUGCAGGCUCUUUGGCAUGCUGAGUUGAAGAGGAAGGGAAAAGAUGAAGCAUCCCUCGGUCUGGUAUUUUGGAGGUUUUGUCAGACGCGGAUGCUGGUGGCGCUCUUUUCUCUUCUCAUAACCAUGGUGACUGGCUUUAUCGGACCUGCUUUUCUGAUCCGGUCACUACUGGAGUAUGCACAGAGUACAGAGGUGUGGUUACUGUAUGGCCUGGCUCUGGUUGGAGGUAUUUUUCUCACCGAGUUGGUCCGCUCCUGGUCAAUGGCUCUUAUGUGGGCCGUUAACUACCGCACAGCCACCCGACUGAGGGGUGCAGCACUGACAUUCGCCUUUCAGAAAAUCCUGCGCCUGCGUAGCACCAAAGACAUAAGCACAGGGGAGUUGGUAAACAUUUGCUCCAGCGAUGGCCAGCGGCUCCAUGAAGCUGUCGUGAUGGGAUGCCUGAUGGGCGGAGGACCACUGGUGGCGCUCCUCGGGUUGUCCUACACUACCUACUUCCUGGGACCAACUGCAAUAAUCGGCUCUGCCAUAUUUUUCGUCUUCUAUCCCUCAAUGAUGCUCGCCUCUCGCCUGACAGCCCACUUCCGCAAAAAGUGUGUGGCAGUCACAGACCGGCGCAUCAGACUAAUGAACGAGAUCCUCAGCUGCAUCAAGUUCAUUAAAAUUUACUGCUGGGAAGCUGCCUUCUCUAACAACAUCCACAAGGUUCGAUCAGAGGAGAGGGAGAUAUUGGAAAAAGCUGGUUAUGUUCAGAGUCUCACCGUUGGCAUAGCGCCCAUCGUGGUUGUGAUUGCCAGUGUGUGUACGUUCACUCUGCACAUGGCUCUGGGUAAUGAUCUCAAUGCAGCACAGGCAUUUACUGUUGUGGCUGUCUUCAACUCUAUGACUUUUGCCCUGAAGGUUACACCCUUGGCUGUGCGCGCCUUAUCAGAGGGUGCAGUUGCUGUCAAGAGAUUUCAGAGGCUUUUUAUGAUGGAGGACCAACAGACUAUUCUGGACAAAAUGGAGAACCCAGAUAAUGCUGUGGAAUUUAAAGAUGCUACACUCGCAUGGAAAACAACUCAGCCCUUGCAGACUAAAAAAAGAAAUACUCAACAAGGCCGAAAGAAAGGAGGCAUGCGCAAAGUACUGCAGAGAGAGAAGCUCAGUCUGUACAUUAGUACAGAGGAUGAAAAAGCCAAAGAUGAAGAGCCCAGUGCUGGACACCUCCUCACACAGAUGGAACAGGAGAGCCCAGAGAGUACCAUCUCCUCUACCCAGAGUGUGCGGCCACCACUGAACAAAACCCUGCACCGUAUUAACCUUUCUGUCCGCCAGGGCACAUUGGUAGGGGUGUGUGGGGCUGUUGGCAGUGGAAAAAGCUCGCUACUUUCGGCUCUCCUGGGACAGAUGACCCUACUAAGCGGAACAGUCGCUGCGAAUAGUGGCUUUGCCUAUGCAGCUCAGCAGGCCUGGAUCCUCAACAGUACCCUGAGGGAGAACAUUCUAUUCGGAAAAGAAUACAUCGAGGAAAAGUAUAAUGCUGUUCUGGAGGCCUGCUGUUUAAUUCCUGAUCUUACUGAACUUCCUUACGGUGAUAUGACCGAGAUUGGCGAGAGAGGAAUGAAUCUGAGCGGGGGCCAGAGGCAGAGAAUAAGUCUGGCCAGGGCACUGUACAGCGACAGACCCAUCCUGCUGCUGGAUGACCCACUUAGUGCUGUGGAUGCUCAGGUUGGUGCCCACCUGUUCCACAAAGCUAUUCGAAUGGCAGCCGGAGAAAAGACAGUCAUCUUUGUUACACAUCAGCUUCAGUACCUCACAAAGUGUGAUGAGGUGGUGUUGAUGAAGGACGGGCAGAUAGCAGAAUACGGCACCCAUGAUCAGCUGAUGGCCCGAGGGCGUGACUAUGCCACCCUGCUCACCAGCAUACAUCAGGAGAACCUGGUAAGAAAGAACUUGAAAAAUCAGCAGGGAGGAGAGCAAAGGAGCUUGCAGCUCACCACUUCCGUCAUCAGCACUGUGAAAAGGCAGCCUGCUGGGAGCACGAGGGGAGACCAGCUCAUGCAGGCUGAAGAGAAGGGUGCCGGGGCAGUCACCUGGACCACCUACGCCACUUACAUUAAGGCUGCGGGAGGUUCGCUGGCCUUCAUCGUUAAUGUCCUCCUCUUCGUCCUCACCACUGGCAGCAUUGCCUUCAGUAACUGGUGGCUCAGCCACUGGAUCAAGCAGGGCAGUGGGAAUUUGACAGUGUUACAGGGAAAUGAGAGUGCGGUGAGCAGCAGCAUGAGACUAAACCCCCACAUUCAGUAUUACUCCACUGUCUACGCUUUGUCCAUGGGAGUGGCGCUUCUCCUCAAGACCACACGGGGCAUCAUCUUUGUUAAGUGUACAUUGCGGGCGGCCUCGGUUCUGCAUGACAAGCUGUUUAAGACCAUCCUUCUUAGUCCCAUGCGCUUCUUUGACACAACUCCCCUAGGACGCAUCCUCAAUCGCUUCUCCAAAGACAUGGACGAAGUGGAUGUGCGUCUGGCCAUGCAGGCAGAAAUUCUGAUGCAGAACCUGACGCUGGUGCUGUUCUGUCUUGGAGUGGUGAGCGCUGUUUUCCCAUGGUUCCUGUUCUCCAUCAUCCCUAUUGCUGCAUUCCUCUUCAUCAUCAAUCGUGUCUCCAGGGCUCUCAUUCGUGAGCUGAAGAGGUUAGAUAAUAUCAGCCAAUCACCUUUUACCUCUCACAUCACCAGCAGCCUGCAGGGCCUGUCUUCCAUCCAUGCCUACAACAGGGGAGAACAUUUCUUGCACAGAUAUCAAGAGCUGUUGGACACUAACCAGGCUUCCCACUACCUGUUCAGCUGUGCCGUGCGCUGGCUGGCGGUGCGUUUAGACCUCAUAAGCAUUGUCCUUAUUACCAUGACGGCGCUGCUUAUCGUUUUAAUGCACGGCCAUAUCCCUCCAGCUUAUGCCGGUCUGGCCAUUUCCUAUGCUGUGCAGCUUACAGGACUGUUUCAGUUCACGGUGCGUCUUCUGUCUGAAACAGAGGCUCGAUUUACAUCAGUGGAAAGGAUCAAUCAUUAUAUAAAGACUCUUGAGACAGAAGCACCUCAGGAGAUCAGUGACCUUUCUGCUCCUGCAGCAGAUUGGCCACAGGAGGGAAGCAUCAGCUUUCAGAAUGUGGAGCUGCGUUAUCGGCAUGAGUUACCCCUGGUGCUAAAGGACCUCACCUUCAGCAUACGUCCAGAGGAGAAGGUGGGCAUUGUUGGUCGCACAGGCUCAGGUAAAACCUCACUCGGAGUAGCACUCUUCAGACUGGUGGAAAUUAGUGGAGGAUCAGUCAUCAUUGACAACGUCAACAUUGCUCACAUAAGCUUGGAAACCCUGAGGAGCAGGCUGUCAGUCAUCCCUCAAGAGCCUGUCCUCUUCCUUGGUACUGUCAGGUCAAACCUGGACCCGUGGGGCCAGUAUACAGAUGCACAGGUCUGGGAAGCACUGGAGAAAACUCACAUCAAAGACAUGGUGAGUCAGUUACUUCACGGUUUUGACUCGGAGGUGAUGGAAAACGGAGAGAACUUCUCAGUAGGAGAGAGGCAACUACUGUGUGUGGCAAGAGCACUGCUCCGACACAGCAAGAUCUUGGUUUUAGAUGAAGCAACGGCAGCUAUCGACACAGAGACAGAUCAGCUUCUUCAAGAAACCAUUCGUUCCUCUUUCAAAGGCUGUACCACCCUGGUUAUCGCCCACCGUCUCAAUACCGUCCUCAGCUGUGACAGAGUUCUGGUUCUGGACCAGGGUCAGAUUCUAGAGUUUGAUAGUCCGUCCAACCUGCUGGCCAAUGAGAAGUCAUGUUUCCAUGCCAUGAUGGAAGCAGCAAACAGGACUAAUGGCUAUUUGGACUGAAAUGAAACUUUAUCCCACUGGACUGGAACAUCCAACACAUCACGCUAUCAGGGAUUUGGAAAGCAGGACUGAACUCUCUGCAGGAUCUACUGAGAAAAGUUAUCCAAUUUAAGCCAUAAACAUUU